AUGAGGGAAAACAUACUCAAUGGCACUGGCCACGAUUCUUUCGAUACCGAGCGUCGCUGGGCCGACGCUCACAUAGGCAUCAUGAAAACUAUUUACCAGAGCAAUGACAACACCCACAAGUACUUUAUCAUGUGUAUACAGUCUGCAUUGCGCGUCGAAGAAAGAACCUGCACAACCCCCGCCACGUAUCUUAAUGAACUGGGAAGGGUGGCAAUGAACCAUGCUGAAGGCUAUUAUCAGUGGUCUAUGAUGGAAGACUUUGGCGAUGCUCGGCUUCGGGAGAAACUUUCUUUCCACAGCUUCAUCGACUUUGCAGUCUGGGGCGACCUCAUUAGCUACAUUAAAGCAUGCGCAGGCUCCAUCAGUAAAGACACACUUUCGCGGGCAGCGCAGUUCCAGCAUGGCCGCUUCUCGAGUGGGAGAGUCGCCGACAUGAUCAAGGAUUAUGCGCCGACGUUAUACAAGGCUAUGAAGUCCGACCGCAGCCCCCUGAUUUUAAUAUUGCGGGAUGCCCUCGGAACUGAAAAGAAGAAAGCAGGUCGCACGAGGUGGAAAAUAGCGAAACAUGAAUGA